GACAGAUAGCACAUUGUCGGUUGUACCUUCAGUACCUUGUGAAGAUUGCUUUGAGCAUUUUUGUAGUUUGAUUUGCAUUGCAUUCACACAGUCGCUGGGGAACUAAAGAAGCAAAUAAGGUGAGUAAUGCAUUUUAAGCAAGGUAAGGCAUUCAUCUAUGCACAGAAAGUCUAAUCUUGAAAAAACUUCAGACAGUAGAUUUGUCUAGACCUACAACAAUAACUAAUAGUCACAAAAUUAAGUAAGUAAGUAAACUUACAAAAGUACUUGUGGCAAAUUUAUUAGGAUGAUAAGAUCACCUGGAGAAAUCAUGUACGUAGAAGCAACAUUUGUUUUUAAGAUUCAGCAGGACCAACAGAUUUUUGGGCGUAGGAAGGUGGCAGUUGUGUUUAAAAGUGUGCGAAUGUAAGUGCAUGAAAGAGGGGAAAGUAUUACUAUUAGAAAGCUUCAGGUGUUGCUCGUGUUGAGUUGGUGUGUUUCCCUAGGAGCAUGACUCUGAGGCAGACAGAUUGCGAGACUGGCCGGGGUGUCUGGUGGCAGAGGUGGGCUCGAGAAGGGCUGUGGUGGGGUUGCAUCACUGAUGACUAAACAGUCAUUCAGUUCAGGCCUGUGAUAACGUGCCAGAGCCCAGGAUUUCAACAGAAGCCUGAAAGCCUGGAGCCACAGAGCAGGACAGGCCUGGUCUCGCUCAGGCUCAGGCUCAAACUUAAACUCAAGAAAAGGGAGAGGCCAACAUCCAAUUCCUGCUGCACUCAUUGCCACCCCCUCAACCUCGGAGGCCUCCUUAUAAAUCAUACAUUCCCAAUCGCUCUGCACCAGGUGCCAGGGUCGGCCUCCAUCCUGAAGCUUAACAUUGAAAGUAAAGCUUAAACCCUCAAAGUUAGCACUCUGUGUUCCUGCAAUAAACUCACUUAUUGUGGUGCAUCGCCUGGGGAAAACUGGCAUGAAUCAGAAUCACAACGAUAAUCUAACAUUGGAAAUAAAGAAGGAGUUGUGUAUAUUUGUGUCUUCUUUUUCAGACACUUUCUGCAAGAAUAUUCCAUGUGUUCUAUCCUUCAUUCCACCGGAGUCUGUAUCUGUAUUUAACCAGAUUUCAGUGGUGUGAAGUGUAAGAGACAUGGGGAUACGGCUCCACAGGCUAACAGUCACAACACCAGAAGGCACAAGUCAAAGAAAUCUGUUUAUUUCAUUUUGACUGCGUUUUGAACAUUGGAAACUAUACAUUUUUUGCAAGAUCAUACUGUUUGUUUGAUUAUUUGAUCGUAUAAUAGUAUAUUGUAUGUACUUUUCCUGCAAUAUAUAUUUCAAAAUAUGUUGUGUAAGAUGAUGUACUGAGCAACAAAGUAAUAUGAAUAAAUUUCUUGACCUUGUGCCCACUGUUUCUUUUUUUCUACAAGUGCAACAUCUCAAAUCAUUACAAAGCCAUUAUACCACCCACACCCAACUUCCUGUGGUUCUCAGCCCCAGAGCAUGAUGGUUUUUUUUCAUUAGUCAACGUGGAGAAUUUGAGACUCAGCCCACACAAACAACCUUUACUGUUUGGCAAAUGAAGCUUAUUAACAAUUUAAAACAUGCCCUCACUGUAGCCCACACAAUAUUGUCAUUAAACAUGUUUCUCCCUGCUAGAGAGAUGCAUCUCAACUACUCCAGCAUACUUAUCUCCAGUAAUGCACAUCAAAGGCAAAGAAACAUUAUGGUCUUUGCUGUUUUCCUUUUCCAUAUUUCAAUAUUACAACCAUUAUGAUUUUACAUGCAUCACCCUCUUUGUAAUGUUGGUGUGUGGUCUUGAUAAAGCUUUAAAGUUCAAUAGAAUUUUCAAUGUCCCUUCAUUCCUGGGGUCUCUUUUGUUUUUGUCUCCUGACAAUCAUUCUUUUUGAAAUGUGAAAUCAUUAUAAUACCACAGAGCAAAGCAACAUAUUUUUGGCCCAUGGUUAUGCAUGUGGGUACACUCACAUAAAUAGAAAUGAACCCUCCAAGUCUCAAAGGCAAGGGAUGAACCUUACUGAAGUUACUCAACAAUGUCAAGCUUUUAAGUGCAUGACCACAACACAAAGAGUACAACACAGAGUAGUAGUAGUAGAGUCGAGGGUUAGGAGUAGAAAAUGUCCAAGCUGAGACACUCAGAAGAUGUUGUGUGGUCUGGUUAAUCUGCAACAGAUGUGUAUGUUACACUAUAAACUCAGCUUUGUUACCUAAAACCACUUUCACACACAUUUAUGUAAUAUAUAUAAUAUAAUUUGCAAUACUGAUAUUAUACUAAAAUAUUUAUAUUAUUUUUCAUGAAUAUAUUCAUAUCAUCACAUUAUUGUGAGGUCAACUGUCAGAAGAUUAAUCAAUGGCAGUUUUGACAAUGGCUCAUAUAAUUGCAGAUGUUUUUCCUAUCACUUGCAAAUUAAGGAUAAAAAUAUAUAUAUUGCAACCAUGAACAUAUUCUCAGUGGCAUGAAUAUAUUUUGCCUGUUCCAAAACAAGAACAUUGCCAAAAAUGUAGUUGCAUUGUUUACAUUUUAAACAAAUUCUAGAUUAUUAGGCAGUUUUGAAAAUAAACUUAUAUAAUAUAUUGUUAGCAGCUUGCAUUUGCCCAUACUACUUCAGCUGACAUGAAAGUCUGGAAAAUCUGUCGCUUUUUCAUCUUUCUACUUCUGAGAUCAACACUCGGAGAGGACACAGUGGCAGAAGACAUUGGUGUUCAUCAGCUGGAGCGCUUAGUGGAGUUGCUGACGUCUAAAGAGUGUGAGGACCUUCUGUUCGCCCUCUCUCACCCAGAGGAGAACAUCUUCCAGCAUCUUGAGCGCCUCUCACCAGGAAAAAAACAACUAAAUGUCAAGCCUCGAGCCAAGAGAGACACCUCUUCUGCUGCGGAUAGUGAAGCUCAGUGCCGGACGGCCCUGACAGACUGGCUGCUGAGGUACGGCAAGCAGACCUACUACGACAGGCUUUCUCGCGCCUUGCAGCACAUCGGCAGAACAGAUAUUGCCAUUGAAGUGGGGAAGAACAUCAACCAGGACAAAGCCUUGAGCCUGAAACGCUUUGUUGAAGGCUAUCACAAAUAUGUCAACUCUUUAAACUUCCCACCAGUAAAAUUGGAAACAGAGGACCACCAGAAGGAAGAUCAGAGGGUCAGAAAAAGACAAGUACGGGAUCUGACAUGGCGUGACCUGGAUCUGAUUGUAGAGCGAGCUCCUGUCCCUCUGUACCAGAAGGGGCCUUUGGAUGUAGCUCUGCCACUUUUGUAUGGCAUCCUGCUGGGCUUCGGAGGUACCUUGCUCGCAGGCAUCUCUAUACUUCUCAUCAUCAUCCGCAUCUCUCGUAGAAACCAGCACAGCCGUCACCCCAGGGUCACCAGCAGCUCCUGCAGUAAGCUCAUGGCUGGAGAUGUAAUGUUGGAAGAUGCAGCUUCUGCGAGGUCAGAGGCUGCCCAAUAGCCAGCUCAGGGGAUGAAAUUGUUAAAUAAAAAGUCUGCAUCACACCUAA